AUGUCGCCAUUGGGGAGAAGUCUCCCGCAGGCGGAAGGAUACCUUCAAUUCCACAAGACGAAAGAAUACCCCCAUACACAAAUAGUACUCAUACUUUGUUUACUAUUCUUCCCGUCGCCGCCAUCGAACGGAGAGGUGGUGUUUCAAUCAGCCGACCAAGAUGGGCUGCCCAUCGCAGUCAAGACCAUCACUUUGCCUCAAAAAGUUGCGAUCGCGAAAGAAUGGCAAGAUUGCAUUACAACUGCAACACCCAAGGCUCGGGUUGAGGAUACUCCAAAGGUUCGCCGACGAGGCAGAAGGACCAUUGUCUCCCAAAAACACCUCAUGCAAGCAGCAGUCGUCCUGAUGAAUGGCUUUUUCAUCUUUGUCACCUGGUGGUGGCCUAGAUUCGCUUAUGUCCUCCUUCCAUUCAUCACCGCUACUGUCGCACUGAACAGCAUAAUGGUCUUCUCGAUCGGCGCUCAUGUUAUCUGGCAUCGCAUUUUCCCGGAAAAACAAAUCAUGCCUGAGAAGCCCGAAAACCUGGUGCUCCUCAUCCCGUGCUAUAAUGAGACCAUGGAGGAGAUGACCAAGUCACUGGACUCCCUUGUCACACAGAAGGACAUUGGCCAGCAUCCCCAAGCAGUUAUGAUUAUCUGUGACGGUAAGGUGCGCGGCCCUGGGAUGGAUAAGACGACAGCAGAUUAUCUAUUCGAAGACAUUCUCGUGCAGAAAGACUACCGUGUUCGCAUUCGCGGCGCAUACCUAGCCUGGGACCAGGAAUUCAUGGAUGUUGUUGUCCAGAAGGGCACCUACCGAGGCGUCCCGUACUUCUGCAUUGUGAAGCAGCAGAACCAAGGAAAGCGGGACAGUCUCAUUGUUGUCCGCUCGUUCCUCUACAACUACAAUGUGCGCGCGGAGCAUCCUGAAACCAUCUUCUCUCCCAGGUUCUUCGGAUUCAUGGCUUCGUUCCUGAAGGAGGCGGGCAUUGACAACGUUGACCACCUGGUCGGAAUGGACGCGGACACGGUUUUCGACGACUACUGCAUCUCCGAGCUCCUUAAGGAGUCGCGGUACCCCCACACAGUUGGAGUCUGCGGUCUUCGUCGUCUGCAUCAAUCUAUUGCCACUCAUAAAGUGUCCUGUCUUCCGGGGUGCUGUCAACUGCUGAAGAUAUGUGAAGAGACCUGUGGUCAGGAAGUCCUGGUCGAAAAGUUCGGUUAUUGUCCCACACUGACCGAUGGCAUGUUGACCCAAAUCCGGGCUACAGCCAGUGAGGACCGUAACCACGUAUGCCACAUGCUCUCUAUGCGUCCCAAAGUCCAGACCCGUCAAGCUUUGAAGGCGAAGGCCUACACCGACGUCCCGUACACAUGGUCUGUAUUCUUAUCCCAGCGCAGACGUUGGUCACUUGGUGCCACGUCUAACGACUUGCUCCUGGUGUGGGCGCCCGGUGUCCAAUGGUUCGAGAGAAUCAUCGCUGUCGUGAACUGCCUUACCUGGUUCCUGAAUUUCUUCAUUUUUGCAAGCGUUGUCAGUUUCAUCUUCGCUAUGACCCACACUCCUGCCUGGAUCAUCAUGUGUUUUGUCAGCGUUAUGUUGAUCCCUCUUGUUUACUACCUGUGCAUCCCAUUGUGGUUGUGCAAGGCCUGGCGUGACCGUUUCCAAUUCUGGGCCGGUUGUGCCCUGUAUACUUUCUGUGGUCCAUUCAUUAAUAUUUCCGUUCUACUAUAUUCAUGCUGGAACAUGGACUCUUUUGGAUGGGGAAAGACCAGAAAGCCUGAUUCUGCCUCUAAGAAAGAUGCAGCAGAAGAUAUCGUGCCGGAGCCAUCGACAUCGCCGUCAUCCUCAGAGAAACCAUCAUCAGAAAAAGGAAAGCAAAAGCAACUUGAAUUUCAACCUGCACAAGAUGAUAUCAUCUUGAAGGAUAUCAUUUUGAACAAUGCCAAUGAGAACGAAGAAAGGAAGGUUCCUGCAUUCCAAAGGCAGGACGGGCAAUAG